GAGUUAUUUGACGCUGCCGCCCCUGGCAGUCGGAAGUUGCCAGAGCAGAGCCCAGCCGGCCGGCCCGACCGGCCUUCGUCGUCCCCGGGCGCCCUCGGAGAGCCGCUGACGGGUGGACUGACCGACCGCCUAAGGACAGCCGGCCAGGGCAGCGACAGCGCCGGCACUAUGGCGCGGGUGGCGUGAGGCGGAAGGCCGAGUGCGGCCGGCGGCGGCGGCGGCGGCGCCCGCCCCAGCGAUGCGGGCCCCGCCCGUCGCCUCAGGUGCCAUUUGGACAGUCCUUUAGCGGCACGAUGUACUCUGAGUGGAGGUCACUGCAUUUGGUGAUUCAGAAUGAUCAGGGCCACACCAGUGUGCUGCACAGCUAUCCGGAGAGCGUUGGGCGAGAGGUGGCAAAUGCGGUGGUCCAUCCUCUUGGGCAGGCCUUAGGUACCCCUUCAGUGGCUGGUAGUGAGAGCUUGUUAAAAACUGACAAAGAAGUGAAAUGGACCAUGGAAGUAAUUUGCUAUGGAUUGACCCUUCCCUUGGAUGGAGAGACUGUAAAAUAUUGUGUUGAUGUAUAUACAGACUGGAUUAUGGCUUUAGUGUUGCCGAAAGAUUCUAUCCCAUUGCCAGUUAUUAAAGAGCCUAACCUAUAUGUUCAAAGUAUAUUAAAACACCUGCAAAAUCUUUUUGUACCAAGACAGGAACAGGGCUCCAGUCAGAUCCGACUAUGCUUACAGGUCCUGAGAGCCAUUCAGAAACUGGCCCGUGAGUCAUCCAUCAUGGCACGAGAAACGUGGGAAGUCUUACUGUUGUUUCUUCUGCAGAUUAAUGACAUUCUUCUAGCCCCGCCAACUGUUCAAGGUGGCAUUGCUGAGAAUCUAGCAGAGAAGUUGAUUGGUGUUCUCUUUGAGGUUUGGUUACUAGCUUGUACUCGGUGCUUCCCAACACCUCCUUAUUGGAAAACAGCCAAGGAGAUGGUGGCAAACUGGAGGCACCACCCAGCAGUGGUGGAGCAGUGGAGCAAGGUCACCUGUGCACUCACAUCAAGAUUGCUACGCUUUACGUAUGGUCCUUCAUUUCCUCCAUUUAAAGUUCCUGAUGAAGAUGCCAGUCUGAUCCCUCCUGAAAUGGAUAACGAGUGUGUAGCACAGACGUGGUUUCGCUUCUUACAUAUGUUAAGUAAUCCCGUGGAUUUGAGUAACCCGGCCAUUAUAAGCUCUACUCCCAAAUUUCAGGAACAGUUCUUAAAUGUGAGCGGAAUGCCACAAGAAUUGAAUCAGUAUCCCUGCCUUAAACAUCUGCCUCAAAUAUUUUUUCGUGCCAUGCGUGGAAUCAGCUGUCUGGUGGAUGCAUUCUUAGGCAUUUCUAGACCCCGAUCGGACAGUGCUCCUCCAACACCCGUGAAUAGAUUAAGUAUGCCUCAAAGCACUGCUGUCAAUACCACCCCACCACAUAACCGGAGGCACCGGGCUGUUACUGUGAAUAAGGCCACCAUGAAGACAAGCACAGUUAGUACUGCUCAUGCCUCGAAAGUUCAGCACCAGACAUCCUCCACUUCUCCUCUGUCAAGUCCCAAUCAGACAAGUUCUGAACCCCGGCCACUGCCUGCCCCUCGGAGACCAAAGGUUAACAGCAUCUUGAAUCUCUUUGGAUCAUGGUUAUUUGAUGCAGCGUUUGUUCACUGUAAACUUCAUAAUGGGAUAAACAGAGACAGCAGCAUGACUGCCAUUACAACACAAGCUAGCAUGGAGUUUCGACGGAAAGGGUCACAAAUGUCCACAGACACCAUGGUUUCCAAUCCUAUGUUUGAUGCAAGUGAAUUUCCUGAUAACUAUGAAGCAGGAAGAGCUGAGGCUUGUGGGACACUGUGUAGGAUUUUUUGUAGCAAGAAGACUGGAGAAGAGAUUCUGCCAGCUUAUUUAUCCAGAUUUUACAUGCUUUUAAUUCAAGGUUUGCAGAUAAAUGAUUAUGUGUGCCAUCCUGUCUUGGCCAGCGUUAUUCUAAACUCCCCUCCUUUGUUCUGCUGUGACUUGAAAGGGAUUGAUGUUGUGGUUCCUUACUUUAUUUCAGCUCUUGAAACCAUUUUGCCUGACAGAGAACUCUCAAAAUUCAAAAGCUAUGUAAACCCAACAGAAUUGAGAAGAUCUUCCAUUAAUAUCCUACUUUCUUUGUUGCCCCUCCCUCAUCAUUUUGGCACAGUCAAAUCUGAGGUGGUCCUGGAAGGAAAGUUUAGUAAUGAUGACAGCUCUUCAUAUGAUAAACCGAUCACUUUUUUGUCCCUGAAGUUGAGACUUGUGAAUAUACUAAUAGGUGCCUUGCAAACGGAGACGGACCCCAACAACACUCAAAUGAUACUAGGGGCAAUGUUAAAUAUUGUUCAAGAUUCAGCACUUUUAGAAGCCAUUGGUUGCCAAAUGGAGAUGGGUGGUGGAGAAAAUCACCUGAAGAGUCAUAGUCGCACUAAUAGUGGUAUUAGUUCAGCAAGUGGUGGAAGCACAGAGCCCACAACUCCUGACAGUGAAAGACCUGCUCAGGCCCUCCUAAGGGAUUAUGCUCUUAAUACAGAUUCAGCUGCUGGGCUCCUGAUCCGCAGCAUUCAUCUCGUCACCCAAAGACUCAACUCCCAGUGGCGGCAAGACAUGAGCAUAUCACUGGCAGCUCUAGAGCUCCUCUCUGGCCUGGCAAAGGUGAAGGUGAUGGUGGACUCUGGAGACCGGAAGCGAGCCAUCAGCUCCGUGUGCAGCUACAUUGUGUACCAGUGUAGUCGGCCAGCUCCUCUUCACUCCCGGGAUCUGCACUCCAUGAUAGUAGCGGCUUUCCAGUGUCUCUGUGUCUGGCUGACAGAGCACCCUGAUAUGCUUGAUGAAAAGGAUUGUCUUAAGGAAGUAUUGGAGAUUGUGGAACUGGGAAUUUCAGGAAGUAAGUCCAAGAACAGUGAGCAAGAGGUCAAGUACAAAGGAGAUAAGGAGCCAAACCCCGCAUCUAUGAGGGUAAAGGAUGCUGCGGAAGCCACCCUAACAUGUAUUAUGCAGUUGCUCGGCGCAUUUCCUUCACCCAGUGGUCCCGCUUCUCCUUGUAGUCUGGUGAAUGAGACCACUUUGAUCAAGUACUCCAGGCUGCCAACCAUAAAUAAACAUAGUUUCCGGUACUUUGUCUUGGAUAAUAGUGUCAUCCUGGCAAUGCUGGAGCAACCUCUUGGAAAUGAACAGAAUGAUUUUUUCCCCUCUGUCACUGUGCUGGUCCGGGGAAUGUCUGGAAGACUUGCUUGGGCACAACAACUUUGCCUUUUACCCAGAGGAGCAAAAGCAAAUCAGAAGCUUUUUGUACCUGAACCUCGUCCAAUUCCUAAAAAUGAUGUUGGAUUUAAAUAUACCGUCAAACAUCGACCAUUUCCUGAAGAGGUGGAUAAGAUUCCUUUUGUGAAAGCAGAUCUGAGCAUUCCAGAUUUGCAUGAAAUUGUCACUGAAGAAUUAGAAGAGAGACAUGAAAAAUUAAGGAAUGGCAUGGCUCAGCAGAUUGCUUACGAAACGCACCUUGAACAGCAAAGUGAGGAAGAAUUGCAGAAGAGAAGUUUCCCUGAUCCGAUUACAGAUUGUAAGCCUCCACCUCCUGCCCAGGAAUUCCAAACGGCACGCCUCUUCCUUUCGCACUUUGGAUUUUUGUCCUUAGAAGCAUUGAAGGAACCUGCAAAUAGUCGCCUACCUCCUCACCUUAUUGCACUUGACUCCACGAUACCUGGAUUUUUUGAUGACAUUGGGUAUCUGGAUCUCUUGCCGUGUCGUCCCUUUGACACAGUUUUUAUUUUCUAUAUGAAACCAGGUCAGAAAACAAACCAGGAGAUUUUAAAGAAUGUGGAAUCUUCCAGAAAUGUUCAGCCACAUUUCCUAGAAUUUUUGCUCUCCCUUGGUUGGUCGGUAGAUGUGGGCAGACACCCCGGUUGGACUGGGCAUGUUUCCACCAGUUGGUCUAUUAACAGUUGUGAUGAUGGUGAAGGACCUGAACAAGAUGAAGUGAUUUCCUCUGAAGACAUUGGGGCUAGCAUUUUCAAUGGACAGAAGAAGGUGCUGUAUUAUGCCGAUGCCCUUACGGAAAUAGCUUUUGUAGUUCCUUCUCCUGUGGAAUCCUUAACCGAUUCAUUGGAAAGUAACAUCUCGGACCAAGAUAGUGAUUCAAAUAUGGAUCUUAUGCCUGGGAUCCUGAAACAGCCAUCCCUGACACUUGAGCUUUUUCCUAAUCACACUGACAAUCUUAAUUCCUCACAGCGGCUUAGUCCCAGUUCCAGAAUGAAGAAGUUGCCUCAGGGUCGUCCUGUGCCUCCUCUUGGACCUGAGACCAGAGUUUCUGUAGUCUGGGUGGAACGCUAUGAUGAUAUAGAAAACUUUCCCCUUUCAGACCUACUGACGGAGAUCAGUACUGGUGUGGAGACCACUGCAAAUAGUAGCACUUCUCUGAGAUCUACGACUCUUGAAAAAGAAGUUCCUGUCAUCUUUAUCCACCCUUUAAACACUGGAUUAUUCCGGAUAAAAAUUCAAGGAGCCACUGGAAAAUUUAACAUGGUCAUCCCUCUUGUGGAUGGGAUGAUUGUCAGCAGACGAGCCCUUGGUUUUCUGGUGAGGCAGACUGUAAUUAAUAUUUGUAGAAGAAAGAGACUGGAGAGUGACUCCUACAGCCCACCACACGUCCGCCGGAAACAGAAAAUCACUGACAUUGUCAACAAGUACCGGAACAAGCAGUUGGAGCCAGAGUUUUAUACUUCACUUUUCCAGGAGGUUGGACUCAAGAACUGCACUUCUUAGACACUCUCUGUCUAGGACUGUUGAACUCCAGUUUGGGGCUAUGAUACCAGAGCAAAACAAUUGGAUAGGUGAUCACUGUAAAAAGAAAAAUCACUCCCCAAGAGCUUACUGUUUAAUCACCAGAAUAGAAGAAACACAUUAUAAACCCAUUUGGUAGAAGACUUCCGGCUUUCUAGUGAAAUGGGCACCCAGACACAAUCAUAUUCCUCCUGGUAAUGAUUGAUGAUAUACAUUUUAGCCAUAAACUUUCUUUUAAAAGUGACAAUUUUAGUUAAACAUAAGCCUUUUGCGGAGAAGGGCUUUAUGCAUCUCAGUUAAACACGUGCAUUGGUAGUAUCAAAUUUGCCAAUUAGAAGUUGAAGAUAGUUUUAUACUUCGCUUUUUAGGAGGUUGUGUUCAGAAUUAAAAGCUGUCUCAGAAUCUUCCAGGACAUUUAAAGACUCAUGUUGAUGAUAGCAUGGAGGAGAAGGAAAGAAAUCUCAGCUUUCUGCUCACUCGUAAGUCCAUUUGUCGUCCAGAUGUCCCAACUGACAGAAACGAGCGUAAAUGUGUUUGUUUAGAUAAGAAGCCUGACAUUAAAAUAUUCCACGUUUCCUCGCCACAUUUCACAAAGUUAUCGUCCUCAUUACUGCACAGGUCUGUCUGAAGGCCGCAGUUUCUGGGCAGCCUAGGAGCAGAUCUAAAAUGGAGGCAUGGCCCCGUCCCUUAACGGGGACGCAGGUGGCAUUUGUGGGGUUAAGAGUUGUAAGACAGCAGUGAUGCCUCCACUCUCUCCACUGUUGUGCGACUUGGGGACAAAAUGACAGGCUAAGCAUUCGUGAUCCUUUGGUAAUUUCUUGGUUCAGUUUUGAGAAAUGUAAAUUCGUAGCAAGGGUGGAAAAUUACUUCGUUUCAUCCAUUGUCUCUUAUUUCAGGACCAAGCAGGAAACUGCAGUAGUUUAUGAAGGAUUCUAAUUUGGGGUUCAGGAGAUAGCCUCUCAACGCUACUAAUUCAGAUCUCUCCCAGAGAACUGCUGGAUUUCAUCAUAAUUGACAAACAUUAGUGACCGCCCCCUCAGGUGGCCGCUGUUAGAAAUGGCUGUUGUUGUCAUAUUUUCCGGACUUCUGCCAACUGAAGGCACAACAAAACCCUGCCCAGGUUUUGGAAAUACUUCUGUUACCUCGCUGCUACUUUUCUGCCAGGGAUAAAUGUUUUGAGGUGGCCAGACCCAGAACAUCCUUCCAAGGAUUCCUGUUACAGAGCUAGAGUGUGCACUGCUCAUUUCUCCUAUUCCUCUGUGCUUUCCUCUUUAUUAAGAUUAUCUUAUGUUAAGAAAGUAAGUGACACGUAAAGUCCAAAGAGGAGUGAUCACAGCUGUGUUAGGGGCGGCUUCCCACUUGAACUCUGGUGUCAGUAGACUCUACAGGUCAGGGCUGCAGCGGUGUGUUUGGCGUGACGUUUGGGGAGCUAAUUAAAUGGUGGGGGAUAGCGGAGGGCCUAAUUCCCCGUGAUAGUUCUGUUCCAAAAGUAUGUAUUUUGUCAUCUGUGAGCAAGAAAUGUGGGUGUCCUAGCAGCUCUUGGUCUUAAGUUUGCUGCACCUUUUUCUUCAUGUUUGUUUUAAGCUCAGGUAAAGGUUACCUCCUCCUUCUAUGACUCCAGUUUCCAUUCAGGGUAUUAUAUUAUUGAAGAACUGAUUUUCUUUUUAAUCUGGGCAAUAAAUCAAUGUUUCCAGAUGGUGGCAUGGUGGGUGGGGGGGGGUUGUAUGAUUAAGAUGAAUAAACUCUACCCUAAAAAUGUUUUAUUAACUCAGCAGAUAUAAGGUGAGGUUUAACAACUUCCAUGGAAAUUCCAGAUUGGCGUUUCAAGGGAAAAAUGGGCCCUUUUCCUAGUGGACAUGAACAAAGAAGGCUUAAAUUGAUAUGCAACUUGUAACAUUCCAGAGGUUAAAAAUAACUGAUUGUAGGUGUGCUUCCUUGGUGUGAUUCUUCAGAUAAAACUCCUGCCUUUAGCAUAGUUUCACUGUCGGCAAAACACACGGUGACGUGUGUGCUGGGGUAGGCUGCCUGAUCCUUCGGUUUGCUCUGGCUUCUGGCAACUCUUUGUAAUUCUCAUGGCUUUGGUAAGUGAAUAACUGUGUGGAAUGCGGUUUGUAGUCUGGAAGACUCUUUGAUCGGUCUCUCCCAGGGAAGGAGGGAUAGUUUCAGAGCUGUGCAGCCCCUGAAGGCAUGAAACCCCAUUGUGUACAGCACAAACAAAACAUAGGGUACAUAUACCUCGUGAGGUGCUCUUUCCUUCUGCUCAAGAUAACAUUUACCUAAAAAAAGGGAGUGUGGUCAGAACCCUUGGAACCUUCCACUAGUAUGGGUUUGAGUUCAUGGCGACUAAGUUCACCCAACUGCCUUUGUUAAAAAUCACUUUGAGUUGAAUGAUGCCAGAGGAGCAGAUCCAGUCCCUAGUAAUAACCUUGAGUAGUCCACUUGAUAAAGUUGCCCGCAUGUAUUCAUAACCUUCGAAGGGAAGCCAGCCAGGACCACUUUGGUCUGUGGCUUAAACAGUGUAGUUGCUGCAUUGACAGGUGUUGGGGGGGGGGGGAGGGGUGAGCGUGCCAUUUGGUGACAAGGACAGCAUUAAUUACCCAAGGGACAGAGACACGUAGCCCCUCAUAGUACUUUUUCCCAUUAGGGAGAUGGGGGCUUUCCCCCUCUUUUCUGGUUGAGAGCACUGAUGACAGGAGGCUUUGCCUUUUCUUGUUCAGCCAACUCCUGCUUUUGUCCUGUGCUUCCCCCUAAGACCUCCUCCCACCUAGCCUUGGCCUUGUGAAAGGAAUAGCUGCGUGGUGGGUUGCCCUACCACGUACACCCAUGCUCCUUGUUGCCCUCCAUUCCCAGGCCCUCGAUUUCAGGGCAGCCCAUUCUCCCCUGGACUCACUUAAAAUACAAAAAAACCCAACCCCACAUCUUUGGCCAGUAAUGUCAGUUGUCCAUGGGUUGCGUGUAUGAAGCCUUUAUAAAUGGUUACUUUCUACAUGCUCUGGGGAAGCAUUUAUCAGACUCUGCACAGUGAUUUUGAGAGGGACGGAGUCUUCGAGAGUAUUUCUGUUGGAAGGUGGAGCUUUACCCAAAGUGGGAACCAGCCUUGCUCAAAGCUAGGUGGUUGACGGGACACUCCUAGCAGUGGUUCUCCAUUCAGCGUUUUUAAACCCGUUCAGGUUGUAUCGUCCUAAAAAGAAUUGGUUUCUGUGUUUACAUGAAACAGUAGGUUGAAUUUCGAUGAUCUGUUUUAAGGAUUUUCAUGACAGCCUCUUUUCCUGAGACGGAGAGAUUGGAGGUAAUCCACCCGCUAAAUGUGGAAUCUAACUGUGGGUUCUCGGUAGCUGAAGAAGCCAUGUACUGUAUAGUGUGUUUCUCAGAGUAUCAGCUCACACUCUUCAGAUGCUUUUCUUUUUUUAAUGGUGAGGGAAAAGGUGUGAUUUGGGAUUCCACAGUGCCUUGCAUAUGGUAGGCGCCCAAUAAUUAUUUGUUGAAGCAAACCAAGUUUCCCAAGUCCUUGCCUCUUGCAGUGACCAAGAACAUCUUUCUCCUCUGAAGGGCUUGGCAGUUGUGGCUAAAAAAUAAGCAGUAUCAUUAUUUGCUUGAAAUCAUAUAUACGAUUUGUAUGAAUUUCUGUAUGUUGCCAAGACAUGAUCUUUUUCUUAUUGUAUUUUCUGUAAAUAUUUCUGGCACUGAACUGUAAAGUAAAGGCAAAAUGUAAAUA